AUGCCAUCCUUUCCCUCGCGCCCCUUGGUUAGAGCCCGGGAUGACGGUCUUCAGCUAAGCUACCAGCUUCCCCAUCGUGUUUACGCAGCUCAAGGCUAUCCGAUCAUCGCCCCAAACGGCUCAUCCAUUGUUAUCUACGGCUAUGACGAUGGACUGAAGGUGAUCUGGAGAGGGGGAAAACCAUUCUCGGAUCGGACACCUACGCCUUUGAAGCAAGACAAACCGUCAAAACCCAGCCGUAGCAAUGACGAUGCGAUAAUGAUCCUCGACUCUGACGACGAAAGCAUGGCAGAUACACGGAGGGAUGAGGAGGAAUCAAAUGAUGAGGCGGAAUCUCGAUUCGAGGAAGAAGAUCCAGAGGUUGACCCAGCGCACCCGUAUGAGAGUGUGCUCCGUCAACUCGACAUCCCCAUUGGAAGCCGGGUCAUCGAACUUGCGGUCCCUCGCGUUCCCUCUGAGACGGCGCGGUCCCCGCUCGAUCCAUUUCCUGCCAUCCUGAAUAAAUCCAUUGUGGUGUCGGCUGUCUGUGCAGAUUACUCGACACGUGUGGUGACACUGCCCUUGGCUCCUCCCCAUCCUACACAAACCGAUAUAGCCACACAAGGUGUCCACAUAUACUCCAUCGGUGGCGGUGUACCUCAUCAAGAUAUCCCACAUGGUGUGAGCCUUACGUUUACAUAUCAAGAGGGUGAUUCGCAGCAGGACGCUGGUAGUAAAGGGAGGUGGGACCUUCUUGUCGCAACCCAUUCCACAGAAUCAUCUGGCCUCCUCUUGAUUCACCGGAUCCCGAUUGCAGCGGAAGGUAGCGCUGGCGAUUUUGAGUAUCGCCUACGUGUCGAAGAGGUCGAGACGAAGCGCCGCUAUCUGCCCGCCCCAGCGCAAAACAUUGCAUUCAACCCCUCGAGUUAUCCGGCGGCGCGCCACUCAACAUUAUUGGUGUCGUUCCACGGUGGCUGUGUCAAGGUAUACUCUUGCUUCUCUACGAAACCUUUCAAGUCAACUCGAAGAGCAAGCAGCGCCCAGAGUGAAUACGAGACUUCCGAGCCCGAGGGGAAGUGGUUGAUCAGCCUCUACCCUGGAUUUGAGCAGUCAACAUCUGGGCUCACGCGGCGCAAAACUAUCACACACGCAGAGUGGGUGCUAAACGGACGAGCGAUCAUGGUUCUUAUGGCUGACGGGGAAUGGGGCGUCUGGGAUCUUGAAGGCGCGGGUCCUGGCACAGCCAAGGGGCCUCUCCAGCGGCAGGCCAGUGUCCAGGGGGUAUCUGGCGGCGCGUUGACUACAUUCUCGGUUAGUGGCCGGAUUCUCAGUCAGCCAGCUGGCGGACCUGCCAUUGAACAACGUCCGAAAUUCGCUCCUAUGACACCUUCGACGAAACGAAUGCGGGAAGACACCUUUCUCAAAGGGUCUGCAAGUGGAGCGUCGAGCCUGUCAUUGAGUGGUGGAAUUGCCGUGUACCAAACUAACUCCUCACAAGAUGCACUGCCUGACGAGUCGAUUCUUAUCCAACAUGGCAACCAGGGUGCUAUCAUCCCCAGCUUGGUCACUCUGUGGAGAAGUGCAGUAAGAGCCACAGGCACACUGGACGCGUCCAAUCGCUGCCGAGUGACUCCCAUUCAGGAUAUCGCACUAAUGGGAGAGCCACUCAAGGGCAUCGCCCACCUUCCUGUACUUCCCCGCCCAUCUCGAGGACCAGACAGCCGAGCAUUCGAUAUGAUCGUCACCACAGAGCACCGACUCUCAAUUUUAGCGCCCAAGUUAACAGAGCCUGAAGUAGGGCCCGUCACACGAGCGUCCAUCACCGAGCCACCCACAAUUGAGGCAGACCAGCUUCGACUUCGUCGAGGAGAACUCGACGUAGAUGGAAUGGACCGUCUGCUCAGCGGCAUGGCACAUGGCAACCGCUCCCUCCGAAUUGGAAGCCCCAUUAAACGUACUCGGAUUUUUACGUGA